AUGCUCGGCAAAAGGAAGAACACGAGAGACGGGCGUCCCCUAGAUACGGGGAAGCCCACGAGGCAUCCUCCCAACAAGUACGGCGCCGCCACUGCCAUGCUCUCAUCGGUCACUCCUCUCUUCUUGGGAUAUGACCUCGCCGUGGUGUACUGCACGGCCGUGACUGCGCAGGGCGACCUGAGGCUCCUGGCGUGCGUCAUCGCGCUCUCCUCGAUCCUCGGCGCGAUCGCGGCCGCGGGAGCGCAGCGCCUCAUCGGGGACCGCCGCGCCGUCCUGCUCUCCGGCGCUUUGCUCUGCGCCGGCGCGCUGGCCCGGAGCCUCGCCGCCGGCUUCGCGGCAUUCGCGGCCGGCGUCUUCGUCGACGGCGUCGGGAUGGGCCUGGCGCUCAUGGUCGUCCCGGCCUACGCCGCCGAGCUCAGCCUGACCUCCGCGCGCGGCGUGCUCGCGUCGCACCCCGACGGCUUCGUGUACCUCGGCUGCAUCCUCGGCUCGGUCUGCUACUCCUUGGGACUCUCGAAGGUCCCGGCGGACGUCGCAUGGCGAGUGGCCGUAGCCUCCGGCACGGCCAUUCCGGCGUUGCUCAGCGCCGCCGCCCUCCUCAUGCCCGAGUCGCCCCGGUGGCUCGUGGCCCUGGACCGGGAAAGCGAGGCCCGGCGCGUGCUGUCCAGAACGUCGGCGACACUGGAGGAGGCCGAGCUGCGCUUGCUCGAGAUAAAAUCCGAACUCGGCAAACACCACGACGACGGAUCUUUCGAUGACGUGCCCGCGGCGAUGCCCGCGACGCCCGGCCGGUGGAGGGAGGAGUUCGGGAUGCUGCGGGAGCUUGUGGCGCGCCCGACGGAGUCGCUCCGCCGCGCCGUCCUCACGGCGCUUGUCGCCAAGGUGUUCCAGCAGGCGUCCGGCAUCGGCUCCAUCCUCCAGUACGUGCAGCGCGCGUCCCGCGACGUCGGCGCCUCGUCCGGCGCGUGGACGCCGAGGGCGGUGGCGGUGUUCGGGUCCGCGGUCGUGAUGUCCUUCCCCAUGUCACUCGUGCUUGUGGAGCUCUGCUGGCUGCUGGUGAGGGCGCUCGCCGCUGGCUUCCGGCGGCGGCGCGCGCCAUCCCACCCGUCGCACCGCAGCUGCAGCCCCGGCCACGUCGGCAUGACCCGGAGGCAGGAGCAGCGGAAGUGGGCGAGGGGCCUGUCGGCCACCAUGCUGCUGUCGCUGAUGGCGCUGGUGUGGAUCGCGCUCGGCCCGGCGCCGUGGGCUGAGGCGGACGCGUCGUCGCGCGGGUGCCCGCGGUGGCUGCGGGCAGCAGCGGCGUCGGCAAACAAGGCUGUCAGCUCGGCGAUCUUGUCGAGCUUCGCGGGGUUUUACCAGGUCGCCGCGGUGUACGGCAACCUGAUCAUGUGCCAUUCGGUCAUCGUGGUCGUCAUAUUGUUCGGAUGUGCUCGUCUUCUUGGCUCCAAAGUGAGGGGCGAGUCCUGA